AUGAGCAUUUCCGCUGCUGCUGGUGCUGAGGCUACUGCUACUCAGCCUGCUCCCACUACUACUAUUCAUGGUGGCACCACGGGUCAGGUUCCUCCCACUUCCUACUAUGUUCAGCCUGGUACUACCUCUCAAGUCCAAGCGCCUCAAGGUCCCAUGAUUGACGAGAAGAUUGUCCAGAAGCAGAAGGAGAAGGCCUUGAGGGAGUUGGAGUCCCGAGUGAAGCUGGCCUUGCAGCAGCACGAGCAGAUGUAUCAGCUACAGAGGUCUCACAUCAUGGCUGAUCAUGACAGGCAGAUGGAGUACACCAAGGCUACCAUUGAGAAGGAGCGUCAAGCUGCUAUGUUCGACUUGGAAGGUCAGUAUCAGACCAACACUCGAGGGCUCGAGCAAUCGGCCAUUCAGCAGCGGAUGCAGAUUGAGACUACUGCCAUGCAACUUGACAUCCAAGCUCAUCAGCAGAAGAUGAUCAUGGAGCACCAGGAGCGCGAGAAGAAGUGGACCGGUCAGCCUGCUGUGGCUCAGACUAUUGCGGCUCCUCAGCCUUAUGUUGCUCCUACCACUUAUAGUGCUUACGGUCAACCUG